UUUCCCCUGAUUUUUCCAGAAUGUGAUUUUCCCUGAUUUUUCCAGAAUGGGAUUUUCCCUGAUUUUUCUGGAAUGGAAUUUUCCCUGCUGGAAGUGAAGGGUUCCGAGUUGCAAUCCCAAAAUUCCUCCCUAUGGAAGCUGCGCAGGGGGAUCCUGCCAAUCCCAGAGGUUUUUCGGGAAACCUGAAUUUCCCCGAAUUCCUCUUCCUUCCCUUUAUGGAAUUCCUCAGCUCAUCCAACACUACAGCCCUGAUUCCUCCCGGGUGAAAAAUCCAAGGAAAACCGAAUUCCUGGGAAAAGAGAGGGUUGGGAUGAGGGGGAUUUUGGGAUGUGGUGGGAAUAUCCUGGUGCUGAUCCCUUUUCCAAGGAUCCUGGGGGUGGGAUCUUUGUCUCCAUCGGAAUUUGAUCCUGGGAAUUUCCUUCUCCAUCCAUGGGAAUUUCCUUCUCCAUCCAUGGGAAUUCUUGGGAAUUUCCUUCUCCAUCCAAUGGGAGCUGCAGCUCCCUCAAUCCCAGCCAAUCCCAAAGUUCUGAAAGGCUCAGAAAUCCAAGGAAAGCAGGAGAUCCUUGGGAUUGGGAAUCCCUGUCCAAGGAAAUCAGGAACUCCUUGGGAUUGGGAAUCUCUAUCCAGGGAAUGCAGGAGCUGAUUUGGAUUAGGAAUCUCUAUCCAAGGAAAUCAGGAAUUAUUUGGGAUUUGGGAAUCCCUAUCCAAUGAAAUCAGGAGCUCCUCAGGGUCAGAAAUCUCUAUCCAAGGAAAUCAGGAAUUUUUUGGGAUUUGGAAUUCCCUAUCCAAGGAAAUCGGGAAUCUUUUGGGAUUGCAAAUCCCUACAGAGGAAAAGCAGGAGCUCCUUAGGGUCAGGAAUCCUCAUCCAAGGAAAUCAGGAAUUAUUUGGGAUUGGGAAUCCUUAUCCAAGGAAACAGGAAUUUUUGGGGAUUCGGAAUUCCCUGUCCAGGGAAAUCAGGAACUUCCUGGAAUUGGGAAUCCCUAUCCAUAGAAACUGGGAACUCUUUGGGAUUGGAAAUCUCUAUCCAGGGAAAGUGGGAGCUUCCCAAGUUCAGAAAUCCCUAUCCGAGGAAAUCAGGAUAUUUUUGGGAUUGGGAAUUCCCUGUCCAGGGAAAUCAGGAAUUUUUUGGGAUUGGGAAUUCCCUGUCCCGGGACAUGAGGAGCUCCUUGGGGCCAGAAUUCCAUAUCAAGAGAAAUCGGGAAUGUUUUGGGAUUGGAAUUCCCUAUCCAGGGAAAGCAGGAACUCCUUGGGAUUGCGAAUCCCUGUCCAGGGAACGCAGGAGCUGAAUUGGAUUAGGAAUUUUUGUCCAAGGAAAUCAGGAAAACAUUUGGGAUUGGGAAUUCCCUGUCCAGGGAAAAUGAGAAAUUUUUGGGAUUGGGAAUCCCUGUCCAAGGAAAUCAGGAACUCUUUGGGAUUUGGGAAUCCCUAUCCAAUGAAAUCAGGAGCUCCUCAGGGUCAGAAAUUCCUGUCCAAGGAAGUCAGGAACUUUUUGGGAUUGGAAAUCCCUGUCCAAGGAAAUCGGGAACUUCCCAAGGUCAGAAACCCUAUCCAGGGAAACCAGGAACUUCCUGGAAUUGGGAAUUCCUAUACAGGGAAAUCGGGAACUCUUUGGGAGUGGGAAUCCCUACAGAGAAAAAGCAGGAGCUCCUUGGGGUUGGGAAUCUCUAUCCAAGGAAAUCAGGAAUUUUUUGGGAUUGGGAAUCCCUACAGAGAAAAAGCAGGAGCUCCUUAGGGUCAGGAAUCCUCAUCCAAGGAAAUCAGGAAUUUUUUGGGGUUUGGGAAUCCCUGUCCAGGGAAAUCAGGAUAUUUUUGGGAUUGGGAAUCUCUGUCCAG